AUGUGUUCCCUUAGUAUCUCUCAGAACAACACGUUACAUCGUUCAUACAGAAUUACAAACGAUUACUACACUACAAUGAAGUUCACCACCGCAGCCUUCACCACCCUCGCAUGCGCCUCUGCAGCAAUGUCCGCCACCAUCACUGGCUUCGCAGGAGCAGACUGCACUGGAUCCCAAGUCGCCUCAGGCAGCGGCGGCUCUAAUACCUGCCUUACCUUGGGCUCCGCCUCCGUCAGGUCUAUCAGCUACUCCGGCGUCCCGUCCUCUAUCGAGUUCUACAUCUCUGGCGGGGGACACGACUCGUGCACACACGGAUCCCAGCUCACCCGCGGUGCUGGCUCAGGAUGUGCGACUGCUCCCACUGGUGUUAACUGGGAGAGCGUCUUAAUUCACUGA